AACGUCUCAACCACAAAAUUGAGGCUCUAUAACCAAGGUGAUAUACUUUAUGGAAGUGUGUAUUGUAUACAACUAAUCGUAUUGUAUAGACAGGCCUUAAUUAAGAAGCUUGUCCACUUUGCAUUUUGAGAUCUGCUUAAUACAGGUUUUUGACCAAAAUACUGUACACAGAAGUCAGUAUUUAUCUGUAAAAUUGAACAUCUGCAGUUUACUCAAUCUUUGUAGUGCCACCUUAAUAUGCGCCUUAAAGCUUGUCUGUGUACUUGCAUUUUGAGGUCUGCUUAGUGCUUAAUACAGGUUUUUGACCAAACUACACAGAUAUCAUUAUUUAUCUGUAAAAUUCAACAUCUGCAGUUCACUCAAUCCUUGCAGUGCCACCUUAAUAUGCGCCUUGAUUUUCGCUGAAUCCUUUGUGAGUUCCUCGGCCUGUUUCGUCAAGUGUUCAACUUUUUUGUCAAUAAAUUUUACAGCUUCGUCCAACGUAAACUCGACAAAAAACCCAUAACCGACAGCCACUAGAAUCAUUUUGGUAUCCUUGACUUCAGCUUGACAAUAGAAAUUACAACCUAGGUCCACCUGUGUCCUCAUUUUUCCACCGUCGAAAAUUUGAAUUCUGUCAAUAGUGUUUUUAAGUUGCAAAUAUUCUGCAAUAUUUGAGUACAGUUCGUCUCUUUGUUCGUGUACUUUUCGUAAGUCCUCUUUGAGGUUAUUAUUUAUAAAGUCUUCGUAUUUUCUAACUUUCUCUGGAAGUUUAAAUUCGAAAUUUGAUUCGUCUAAUUCGUUUUCCGAAUUGGCGUUUUUUGCCGCCAUAUUGGAUUUGACCGCGCUGGAAUCUGGGAUCGAAUAUAUACUUUGAUGGUUCAAUAUUUCACAAAUAAAUCGAUUUUACGUUUACAAAAUCAGUUUUAUACUUCCUGGAUCACAAAUUCGUAUGCUUUUAAGCAACAUUUCACAAGAGAACAGGGGAGAACAAUUAAUUUUUAGGGUUUUUCGUGAAUUUUUUGCUCUUGAGAGGUGCAACGCAAAGCAUUUUGGGAAGGAUUUAAAAUGUCUGAAAUCGAAGCUCGAAGCACAGUCAUGCGCACUCGGCUCCGGCCGAUGUCCGCCAAAAUGGCGUGAAAUUUAUAUCCUAAAAAAAAUUCCAAAAACAAGGGGUUUGCAACGCUUGGACCUCGAAAAAAGUGCAAUAGUUUUGUUGCUUAUAGUGUGGUUUAUAUUAUGGCAGGAUUUGACGAGGCUGGCUUGUCGGGUUCCGAAUACGUACGCGAUAGUUUGGGCAACUGCAACGAAUCGACAUUGGCCAUGUUUCUGGAAUCGUUUCAGCAAGAUAAUGGCAUCCUUUUGCCUUCUUUACAACAAGCUCUGCCGCUUUUAGACUUGCAUAAUAUCCCAAGAUACGAAUUCCAUCAUACAGUCAUGGAGAAUCUCCGUGAAAAAUUGAUGUCAAGAUUUGAUGUUAUAGGAAAUGAUAAAUUACUGCUAUUAUUGGAACAAGCUUUUUCAUUUAUCAAUGUUCCCGCCUUGAGGCCUGUGGUUAUGGACAUGCUCAAACGAAUUACAGCCGUUCCGCCGAAAUUUAUCGAAAUGCUCGCCAAAGAGCCGGAGUUGUACAAGAGUUGCUCGUUAGAGGUCAAACGACAAAUUUGGAUCCAUGAUCAGCCGUUGUUUGGUGAUGCGGUAGGACCGUUACUUAACGAAUACUUAAAAGAUAAGAAUACUGUUAUAUUUGACACAGAAGAUUUAACGAACCAAGACUUUCUAAGCAUGCGGCCGAAAGUUCGUCGACAGCAUUCUGUUGUUCAACAGCUGUCGCAAAUGAUCGGGAAGUCGUUACAACUGUACAAUUUAGUGUUACAGUUUUUGCGGACACUGUUUUUGCGUACGAAGGAGGCACACUAUUGUACGCUACGUGCAGAGUUGCUCAUGGCGAUACAUGAUUUGGACGUUAAGGAAAUCAAGGAUGUUGAUCCAUGUCAUAAGUUUAUUUGGUGUUUGGACGCAUGUGUGCGAAGUCAGUUGAUUGAUGCAAAUAAGAUUAAGGAUUUGAAAGGAUACAUGAAGGCUGCGAAAGCAACUGAGGAACAAGUGUUAGGGUAAGAUCAGGGCUCCAAAUGGUAUUUCUCUUGUGCCUGGGGUUAGCCUAAUAUUUGUUUUGAUUGCCUAAUUUUUCACUUUUUCUUAUUGCGCAAUAAAGUGUGUGAACUACUUAUUAUUUAUUUAUUUAUUAUAUUAUUAAUACCAAAAGCCUCUGGAGAGUGUAUACCAAACUUGAAACGUUGAAACCACUUGAUAUGAUCUGCAGUUGUAGGGUUUGCACAAUAAAUUCAUGUUAUAGUCUAUGACGUUUUAUCAUGCCAGUGGCAGUGAUGUUCCUCUAUAUAGAAUUUUACAAUAACAAUUACGAUCAAACCAUACUUAUAUUAGACACAAGAGAAAAAGUGUUCUGCAUAUAUAUUCUAUCAAUCUAUACCUUAAAUCUUUGAAUGCAAAUUAUUACAACCAGACAUAUAGGUAUGUAAGGCAUGCAGAUGUUUACUUGGCCGAGGAGUUUGGCUGUUUGGGAAGGUUGAGAACAACCUAGUUUUUAGUGCGCAGGGCCUAGAAACAACCUAGUUUAUUGUGCGCAAGAGCCUGAGAACAACCUAGAGUUAUUAAAACUAGGUUGUUCCCAGUUUUCUCGCAUAAAAAAAUAGGCAGUGAUGUCUUGUCAUUGUUGGAAGCCAAUGUGUUGACAAUCGUAGUAAGAUUACAAUGAAGCCUUUUAGAUCAGCCGAUAAAUAUAUGCGGUUGUGAAGGCAAUGCGUAAGCUGCUUAUAAAUGAUUUAAAAAUUCUAAAAUAUAUAAAUUAUUAUCAAUGUAUAUUUAACAGUUUACUGCAACCUUUUACUGCCAUGUUUCAAAGCCUAGUUUGUGCUUUACUUCCUGCCUAAUUUUGGAAAGUUUACAAAAUAAUUGCCUACAUUGGAAACUUUCUGAAAGUGGGGUUUCCAGGCUUAAAGAGCAGGAUUUGGAACUCUGGUAAGAUUUGGGAUGGCAGGGGGCACAGUAACAUGCACCAGGGGUGGAUCUAGCCUCAUCUGCAAGGAGGGGUACAGGUUUUCAUUUGGGUGGUGCAUGAGGGAGCCUUACUGACCACUUUCCUCUGCUGUCUGCAAUGCUAUUAUCUCAACAUUACCAUUAAUUGAGAUGGUUGAAUCUGCAUGUUUGCCAUUCUGUUACAUUUUGUAUACAAAGUUUAUAUCAGCUGGUCGGGUCGGUUUUGGUUAUUUUACGAACCCGCAUCACUCGGGUGUAUACCUCCUGUUCAGAGUCUUCAGCUUCUCUUUAGCGAUCUUCAAUUUUAAUUCUUUCUUCUUACAGGGACAUAGCUAUGGUUCUCUGCGAUCCUUUUGCCAUCAAUGUUAUUGGUAAAAGUAUUAUCAAAGUUCUCACUCAUCUUACGAAUACUGAAGCAUUACCUAGGGUAUGUUUUUUCUCUGCAAAAUAGCCUGCAGCGAGGGUGCUAAUCUCCUGUCAGAAAGAAAAACAGUGGUACAUUUUUAUGUAAAUGUAAAAUACUAAAAUUGUCUGGAUGUGUUGCCACUUAGGCCACUCCAAAUUAGACUUUAGUUUUCCCGUCCUCCGCCUACAUCUCCUAGAACUGGCCGCAUGAUUUGUUCAUUAUUGCAAAGUUGUUUCCAUUAUUUGACUUUUGUGACAAACAAUUACGAAAAACCACAGUUUUCAAAUAAUCUAUCGUUCAAGACAUACGUAUUUAUGAUACAACACAUAAAAAUUGAAAUAAAAUUCUUGAAACUUUUAUCGAAGAGCGUGAAUUUUUUUCCGUUUUCACUACGAACUGCUGAGCUAUACACUUCUGUUACAAGUUUUGAUUUUUGAACGUCAAAACCGAUAAGGUUAAUAUCCUGGCUUUCAUUUCUGCAUACAAAAACAUUGCAUAGAAACGUGGCUAAAUGGAUAUUUAAAACACGUAUCUAUUUCAUGAAAUAAUGGGUCAUGUUUCAUCUUUCAGACACCAUAAUGGAUAAUGGAAAUGGACCGCCCGCCCGUGUGUAAUUUGAAGUAAGGGCCGGAUGGGAAACUAAAGUCUAAAUUGGAGUGGCCUUAAAGUCUGGCUGUGUUGUGCCCCAAGCACCCUACUCUAUUAAUUGACUCCGUCUGAUGCCGGACAAUUUUUUUACUUGUGAAGGGGAGAGCGCUGGUGCUGAAUUAGACUCGCUACAAGUCGACUCGUAUUGCUGCGAGAUUUAACUCAAAUUUCUUAAAGUGCAAUGGGGGAUUUUGUUGAGUAGACUUGCCGCUCUUACAGUAGCCUGCCAAAUUUUACCGAGUCAGUGCGUUUUAGCGAAACAGAUUGGCCACACAUUAUAUGAUUGAUAGCUUUUCUGUGUCUAUUUAUGUGUUGUAUGCGUAGUCGAAACACUUGUGAGGAAACAUUGUGAGGAAAUUUAAAAUUUUUGAACUUUGGAUUAGUACUGUCAUGUGAUUUUUUGUGCUACAGAAAUAAAACCGAGAGUUUGAACAAUCGACCACUGGUCAACUCUACGUUGUGCGUUUAUAAGUAAAUUGCAAAACUUUCUAGUAUGUUAUAAGAAAAUCUUAUUCAAUUCAUUGUAAUGUGAAGACGUUUUAUUAUAGACAAAUGGUGACCUGACGUUUCUUUUGAGUCUUCUACAACUGGGCUUAGGGGCUUGGUCAAUGAUUGAAAGUCAAGUUUUUAAAGAAAAUUUGCUGGUAAGAAUUCCCUCCAGUUGCACGGACGCAAACCACAGCCAUUUUGGAAUCCAAGGGAAACAGUGUAAACUGGUCAUUUGAAGAGUAUGUAUAAUUUUCUUUUCAGCAUGCCAGAAGGUCUUAACUAGUUUUAAUUUUUUUCUAGAGUAAUGAUCUGGUUGUGAGGUUCAUACCAAUUGUCAUGGCAACGAUGGUAGACGAUUCUGUGCAUCGCGUUGAGCAGAAACUUCCAAACAAGAAGAAUAAAGAACGUAUUGAACUUCAUCAUUCAUUUGAACAAUCAUUGUCUGAAUACAGCAUCUGUUUUACAAUUGCAUUUUAUCUCGCUCUAUAUAUGGCAAAAAAUAAACACAGGUACAUAUGAAUAACACAGGUAUAGCCUCAUCUGCAGGGAGGAUUGCAUUGUUCCCAUGGGGUGGUGGAUAAGGCCGAAUCUGCAUGCUCACCUUUCUGUUACAUUUUACAUUAUCAUUCGCUUACAAAGUUUAUAGAUCUCCAAGAAAUUACUUGUUACCAACGCUAGUGCUGUGCAAACUCUGGUUUUUCAUCUCUGGCUCCGGCCGAAUUACAGCUCUGAGCUCCGGCUCCGGCCACAUCAUAAAAUAUUAAAUAAAUGUUUUACGAUCAGAGAACAUUUAUUAAUAUUAUUAUGAAUAACCCUUUUCGCGCUUCCUAAUUAUCAGAUAACAUAACUCAGGAAACAAAACAGUGAAAACACUUAACCACGCAGAAAAUAUCUAUGUGGAAACCAGCCUCGAAAAAUCUUUGACACGAGGCAUGACGCGAGGCAUGACGCUAACACUCUCAGACUCCACAGCGCAAUUGUUCGCACGCAAACAAAGUACUCUGUCAUUUUCAAAAGGUUGAUAUUUAUUUGCUUUGUACUUUUUCGUUAUCUACAAGGCAUGAAUACACAGACUAUGUAGGGCUAAGUCAGAUGGCUUCAUGAAAGCAUGACGUUUGUAAGUUGCGAUCGUAUUACAGCUUUUCGACGCUGUUCGUGUGGGCUGUGGCAGUUUGAGUCUAUGAUGAAUUCAUUAACAGCAAUUGGCAGUUUGCAAUAACUAACAAUCGUUUGACAUUUGUCUCAUUUCAUAUUGUUUUCUUGUCAUUUUGCCGGAGCUGGGAAAACGUAACUCCGGCUCCGGGCUCCGGCAUACAAAAUUCGGCUCCGGCCCGCGUUGGAAAAACCGCCGGAGCUCCGGCAGAACUCCGGCUCCGGCAACUCCGGCGCACAGCACUAACCAACGCAAGUCAAAUGCAAAAUUCAUUGAUGUACACUGACUAGUGCAGCCAGAUUGGCAAUAUCGCAGUAUGACUGUGAGCUAGUACAUUAUUUUGUAAUUGACAUGGGUGAUGCUCUAGUUCAUAGUAAAAAGAACUGUACAGAAUGAUUUAUGACUUGACUUGGUCACAGACAAAACGACUUGUGACUUCACUUGUUACUCGGAGUGAAUGACUUGUGAUUUGGACUCAGACCCAAUGACUUGUGACUCGGCCUGGACUUGCAAAUUCAUGUUUUGUAUUUUGAUUUCAGACAUGCACUUGGUUCAUUACUGCCAGCCAUUGCCUCGUCCUACAGUAAUCAUGUUCUACAUGACGCGCACCUGCAUUCACUCAUCACGAUAUGGGCGUGUUCUCAAGAUGAAUUCACGAAUGCCGAGUUCUGUGAGGUCGUGUUUGAUAACUUCUUGUUAACGAUGCUCAGCCAAGAAAGUGUUGUGCGACAGACCCUGAGGUUGUUGCGUUUUGUCUACUCGAAAAUGGAGUCCGAAAAAGUCGUUGCGAUUUUGACUGCGACUCAACCGUCCCCAGAGGUAAGUUGGCAGGAUGUUUAAUAGCCAGAAAAAGAAGUUUUGUCCGUUAGACGUAAAUUGGGAAAGUUUUUUUGACCGAUCAAAGUCCUUGUGUAGGAAUAAAUAGUGUUAUUUUCCAACGUGUUUCUCCUUAGAUGCAAACAACGGUAGCUUGGUUUUGUACAUUUCAUUUCCGGUGAAUGAACACUGAAAAAUGCACCCGAUGGCACUUCGUUUUGUAUAUUUCAUUUCCGGUGAAUGAACACGGAUGCACACCGAUUACACUUUGUUUUGUACAUUUCAUUUCAGUGGAUACACACCCAAUAUGAAUGAAACGCGAUACAUUUUGAGAAAAUAGUUAAUGGGAAAAAGUAAAUAAAACGUUCUUUGAUAUAAUAAUAUAAAAUCAAACGCAAUGCACUUUCUCAUCAGCAGAAAUGAAAAUCUUCCAGUAGACCCAGUUGGGAAAGCCCCUUAGCUACUUCAAAUGGGAAGAGUCUGUCGAACGGACAGUAUAUGGGCUAGCUAACACCCUGGUUGGAUAUUAUAUUUUGAGGUCAACCGUUAGCUGUUCGAAUUCGAAGUAUGAAUCAUUUCAUGAUUAGCGAUCGUGGAUUACUGUACCCAGAAGUAAAAACCACGGGAUCAGAAAGAUGGAAACAGACUUUAACAUAAUAUAUGCAUUUAAUUCGACACGACGAUAGGUCGUAUGAAACGAAGACGCGCUACAGACGCUGUAUCCGUCUGAAUUGCACGAAUUUAAUUCGUUUCAUACGAUGCACUACCGUCAAUUAAAUUCGUCUAAAUUAAAUUCGACGAUAGUGCGACGUAUGAAACAGCCCUAAUACGUCGUAGAACAGGUCUCAAUUCAGGUCGGCAACCGGAAAAUGCCAAUCUGAUUGCUGACCCAUCGUCCAACUGAAUCAGGUGACGAAUGAUAGGUAGAUAAUGUUCUCGAGUGAAUGAUUUCGUAAGCAGAAGAUUCUGCCUGCCGUGGCUGGGUUUCGAACCUGCAACCUUCGAAAUACUAGCUCGAUGCUCUUCCAACUGAGCUACCGGUCAGGUUCGAUGGAGGUCUCAAGUGAUGUAACUGGGCUAUGCUGUCUGCCCGUGUAUAUAUGAAAGGAGAACAGUUUAGAACUGAUAGAGCUAUCCAUCCUUUUCAAUUGAACACUACAAGUUACUAUUCCUACCCUCCAGAUAACCACAAGUCAACAAGCAAUAUACUGUGAUCAUCUUGUAAAGCUUAGUGGAGUUAGUUUUGUGUCUUCUAAAAUGAUUGUACAUUCCUCCAUAGUUGGUAAGGUUGCUUGAAGCAACUCCAGCUCAGACAGUUUGAUCUUCACUUUAACAACCUUUACCAGAUUCGUAGUAUAGUAUCUUUCCAAAAAGUUUUUUUUAUCACAUAUGUAGAAUUCUGAAGUUAUCCUUGAGUUACAUCCAUGAAUAGUUGAUAGAGUUGCUGGAAGUAACCGUAGUUUACAGAGUUUCUCCUCACUUUAACAACCUUCGCCGCAGUAUCUUUUUCAUCGCCUUUGUACUGUAGAAUUCCGAAGUUAUCCGCGAAUUAUUUUCAUCAAUAGUUGAUAAACUAUAGCAGGAAUUGAGCAAUCCCAAUUUACAGAAUUUCUCAUCUGCACUUCACGGUAGUACUGUAUCUUUCUAAAACGUUUUCUUUUUUAUCGCAUCUGUAGAAUUCUGAAGUUAUCCACGAGUUGCAUUUAUCAAUAGUUGAUAAAGUUGCUGGUAGCAACCCAAGUUCACAGAGUUUGUCUUCGCUUGAACAACCUCUAUCUGCGUCAUCCUCGGGAACCUCGGCAUCGUCUUCACCGCUGAACUAUCUUCCACCUUCGUCUGUCUGAAUAAUUAUAAUCCGACGUUGGUUUGUGUGUGAACUACACGCGUAAAAUUUUCACAGUGAACUUCAAUUUGUUGAAACGAGUGCGCGGGGGAGACUUUGGGAUUUGACAAGCGAGAAUUUAUACGAGAGUGUUGGUAGACGAAUGCUGAACUUCACGGAACAGCUGAA